GCCCAUAGACAAAACAUGAUAACAAACAUGGCGUCCCCAUGAAGCGUCAUUAAAUUGAAUUGUUUAGUUUUUUGUCGAUAAAACGAUAGCCGCGACUCUGGAUUAUGUGGUUACAGACAGGACGAAAUCUCGAUGUCAUCGUGCGGGCGAGGCGGAGCGUGGCUGCGGGCUGCGGGCUGCGGUAGAGCGCGAUGCACGCGGCGGCGGCGCGCUACGUGUCGGUGAGCGAGCUGUACUCGACGGACGAGGUGGAGCUGCUGCUGGACGAGAUUCGCGACCUGGAGCCCACUAGCUGUCGCGGCGAGGACAUACAGUCGGCGGUAGACGCGGGGGAGGGUUCAAGCGCGGGUUUGGUGCAGGACUUCGAGAUCGCGGGCAGCGGGCUGGGCGCGACGGCGGGCUCGGGCGCGCGCUCGCCGGGCUCGGGCGCGGGCACGGAGCGCUCGUGGGACUCGCACGCGCACUACCGCCGCGCGCCGCCGCCGCCGCCGCGCCCGCUCGCGCCGCUCUACUGCCGCUGCCGCCAUCUGCUCACCGCGCAGGGCGCGGCCAUGCUCUUCAUUACGCUGUGUUCGCUCGGCUGCGCGAGCUGCGUGUGGGCCGGCGCGGGGCUGCAGGUGUGGGCGCUGCCGGGCGCGGGGGCGCGUGCGGCUCCUGCAGCUGGGCGCCGUCACCAGCACCCUGCUGCACUUGGCGCUGCUUCUGCUGCGCAUCACCAGCCUGGACGCGCUGCUGCCGCUGCGCUGGGACAAGCUGGGCUUAGCAGUGCACGCGUGGAGCGGCAGCACGCUCCUAGCCGGCGGCGCGGGCUCCCUGCACGCACUCCUGCAGCCCGAGUACCGGCCCGCGCCCACGUCUCUCAUGGCGCUGUUGUACACUGCCUCGGGGUUGGGGCUGAGCUGCGCGUGCUUGUGCCUGACGCUGGUGGGGCUGCGGCUGCGCGCGUGCGCGGCGGCGGCGGCGGCGGCGCGGCCGGCGCGCUCGGCGGGCUCGGCGUCGGCGUCGGGCCGCUCGGCGUCGGCGUCGGGCCGCUCGGCGCGCGCCGCGUACCGCGCGGUGCCGGCAGCGCCGCCCGCGCCCGCGCCCGUGCCCUCCACCAGCCGCCAGAACCCCUUAUAGUGAAGGCCCCUCUAGUCCGUUAGUUUAGGAGGUGAACGGUCCGACUAGUCGGUUGCACAAAUUCUCCUAGUCCUUUAGCUUGCCCGGCGGAGUCUUAGGGGCCGCCGCGCGGGUCGGCCGUGUUCGCUUGUAAUCGGGUAUAUUUAUCGUUCGUGGCGACUCGCCCUAGGUUUAAGGGAAGAUAUUCUAAGAUUGUUAUAGGAAAUAAUUUUAUACUGUCCGAUCUCAUGUGACUGCCGUUUCGUUUGCCGUAUGUAUCGACAUAUCACAUUUGGUUCCGCGCCCGGCUCCCGGUGCGCUCCGGUUGUACGAUCUCAUAAACAAACUAUGUGCGAGUGAUUUUUACUUUUCAAUUUUAAUUAUAAUAUAUGGUUUUUAUAC